AUGUUAAAUAUAUUUAAGAAUGUCUUCUCUAAGAAAUAGAAACAAGAUUCUCAAAUUAUUUAAUUUGAACAAUUUGAUCAAAACUAAUUAGAAGAACAUUAAAUUGAAAAUGAUUUUCCUCAUGAUUUUCAAAUUAUUGAUGAACAAGCAAUGAAAAUUAUUGAAUAAGAAUAUGAUAUUAAAUAGUAAGUUCAACCAGAAUACUAAGAAGAUCAAUAAUUUAAAGAAGAUCUUAUGGAUUAUGAAGUUUAAGUAGACGAUUCAUUAUAUGGAAUGGCAAUCAAAUUUAGUGUUUGUGAAGAUUACCUUAUGAAAAUCAAUAAUUUGUCAAGUGAUUUAAUAUUCCAAGGUUAAAUAAUAAAAGUACCUAAGAAAAAUGAGUAAACAUUCUCUGUUGUUCAUAUUCAAGAAUAAAAAUAAUAAAUAGAAUAUUUAUGGAUACCUGAUGCUAAUUCUUAAAGAUGUAAUUGUUAAUCAUAAUUAUUAUUAGUUGAUGUUAUAUAUUGUAACAAUAUAUAAAAUGUUUAAGGAUAAUUAACUCUUAGUUCAGAUUUAAUCCUUUUUAAUCCAUUUUAAUAAGAUUAUAUUGAAAAUACUCAUUAGAAAUUAAGAUUAUAAGCUAGCAUCUCAAUGAAGGAUAUUAAUGAAGCUGUAUAUUACAUCUUACCUAAUAAAAAUGGGCAUUUAGAUUAUAUAGUUCAGAUAUUAUUAUCAGGGAUAGGCAAACCAAAUUUUGAGUAAAAAUACAGAAAACAAUUAGACAGACUUAAAGAAUAAAAGCAAAGUAUAGCAACAGUGUUUUUUAGAGUAAGUAACUGAAAUAUUUUAUAAUUAGCAUGCUGAAAGAGACAAUACAGGGAAAUUAUAUACAGAAGAGAUCAAAAAAGAAAAUUGUAUUAUAAUGGCUAGAUUUAUCACUGAAGCUUGUUCAAAUUAUACAGCUAUUGUUUAAUUAACUUAAUUACCAUUUAUAGAUUUUAUUUAGGAUACUACAUAAAAAUAGAAUUUAGAUAUAGAUGUAGAUGAAAUGUAAGAUGUUGUUGGUGAACCUAUGGGAAGUAAUCUUAUUAAAAAUAAAUAGAUUUAUGGGCUAGUUUGGAAUAUGUUCCAAUUUUAAAAGAAAAAUCUAAUUGUUUUACUGAUACUACAUUUAAAUAUGUCAUAUAAUCUAUUCCUGCCAUUUAUAGAUUAGCCAAUUGGAAUAAGCUUUAUGAUAUUGAUGUUGAUGGAUCCUGUUAUUAAAACAUGCUUCAAUAAAUUAGAUAAAUAUUUCCAAUGUUAUUAAUAAUCAAAGAUUUUGAUCUUAAUAUUUUUGGCGUAUACAUUUCAAGUGAAAUCCAUAAAUAUUUUGAAGGUUUCAAAGGUAAUGGUGAAACCUUUCUUUUCAACAUAGAUACAAUAGUAAAAAGUAUUAUUAUUCUUCUUAGAAAAAUUAAAUUAAGUAAUUUGUAUGGACUGAAAAGAAUAAAGAUUUUAUUUUCUGUGAUGAAUCUGGAAUAGGUAUAGGUUGUGGAGAUAAGUUUGGACUUUUUAUUGAUUAAAGUCUUUCAUUUGGAUAUUCUAAUCCUUGUUCUACUUUUGACAACCCAAGAUUUACAAAAGAUGAGAAAUUUGGGAUUAAGAAUUUAGAAAUAUGGGCCAUUGAACAAUAAUGA